AUGAAAGAUAUUCGAACUGAAUUAUCGGAACAAUAUCGUGAGGAACAUUUUUUGUUGAAACAAAAUGUUAGUGCUAAUGCCUUAAUUAUAAUGAAAUCACGAUUUUCAACUGGGAAAUUUGUUUAUCCGCUAAUGCUUGGUGCAUUUAUUUUAACUUUUACACAUUUGGAUGAUUGGCUCUGGAUCUCCUAUUCUACCCAAGCUUUUGAGAAUGCUGGAGUGCCAACCGUAAUAGCUCAAAAAUCUUCACUUUGGAUGUCAAUCCCUCAGGCAAUGAUUUCCAUUGCUCUACUGUUUUGCUUUGAAGAGAUUUCUCGAAGGCAAUUACUUAUUUUACCAACUAUUGGUAGUGUGUUUUGCGCCCUAAUAUCAAUUUAUGUUGUUCUUAGCUCUGGGGCUCUAAUAAGUCCAAAACAUCUCCCGGUAAUUGCAGCUCUAGAUUUAUGCAAUGCCGCAGUCGCUAGCGCGAGCGCUUACAGCAUUGUUCCAGAAUUGUUUCCGCAAAAGGAUCGUAUAAUGGGCACUGCAUUAAUUGGAAUGACACAGAAUCUUUUUGGAGGGUUUCUAACGACAAUAGCACUUCCUUUAAUGAACCAAUGGGGCAUUGAGUAUGUCCUUCUUCCGUUUGCUGCCAUGAAUGUGAUAUACAUAAUUGUUGUUUCAAAACUGUUACCUGAAACACGUGGAAAAUCAUUCCAUGAAAUUUCAAAGUCUUUUCCUGAGAAUCUACCGACUUUAUGCCAUAAAUCUUUUGGAAUUUCAAGAAUAUAUCCAUCUUUACUGACAAAUAUAAAGAGAUAUUUAGUACAUCUUGCCGCUUUAUUAUACAGCUAA